AUGUUUCAGUACCACAAUACCGAAACAUUAUUCUACGAAAAUGCUCGAAAUGUCCCUGGAGUCCCACGGAUCUUCCUCAGUCGCGGUUUAGGAGCUAAUGAUGAUCGAGGAAUCAUCUGUAUGGAGUACUUGGAGAAAGCCUACACCCGCCCUGUCUCCGAGAACAUUUCCAUCAGCGAGAUGAAAUCGAUUCUCGAGCUAUACGCCGGUAUUCAAAGGGAUUGCGCGAAGAUACCUUACGAAGUUCGUGCACAGCUUAAUACGAAUGUUUUCAAGCUGCUCUCAACAACCACACUAAGCUUAGAGACACUCACUCAACGCCUCCAUCGCAUGACACUUUGGGCGCCGGAAAUGACGUCAACCUUCCAAGAGCUCGUCAAACUUCUUCCAAAUAUUGUUGAUCACACAGCGAUAACUCGCUGCAUUCAGAAUGUCGUAGGUAAUUCUGAACAAAUUUUAUGGUAG